AGGAGGUUUCUGAAUGGGUCAGCUGCAGCCGAGCUCAGGGAAGUGUUGAUUUGGAGAUGUCGGUGUUGGACUGGGGUGGACAAAGUUUAAAAAUCACACACCACCAGGUUAAAGCCCAACAGGUUUAAUUGGAAGCACUAGCUUUCGGAGCUCAGGGACGUGUGUAUUUUUAUUUUGGAGGUCAGUAGCGAUGUUGGACAUGGCAAGUUCGGAAGAGGGGCCGUUUCCCAAGAAGACCACCUUCAGUAUCGAAAGCUUGUUGCCCGAGGGGCGGCCGGGGCAGGGUGAGGGGACAGGCGGCUCGGGGAAGGACCAGGGGCCGGAGGAAAAGCAGGAGAAACCACCGUUCAGUUACAACGCGCUGAUCAUGAUGGCCAUUCGGCAGAGCCCGGGGAAGAGACUGACCCUGAGCGGCAUCUAUGAGUUCAUCACCCAGAACUUCCCCUACUACAGGGACAACAAACAGGGCUGGCAGAAUUCCAUUCGCCACAACCUCAGCCUCAACAAGUGCUUUGUCAAGGUGCCCAGACACUAUGACGACCCGGGGAAGGGCAAUUACUGGAUGCUCGACCCCUCCAGCGGAGAUGUCUUCAUCGGGGGCUCCACGGGCAAACUGAGGAGGAGAUCUGCCCCCCCCCGGGCCAGGCUGGCAUGCAAGAGGGGCACCCGGACCGGCCUGACCCCGGCCAGCUCUCUCUACUGGCCUACCCCGCUCUGGCAACCGCCCCCUCUGCCUUACCUGGAGCUGCCCUCCGCCCUCCCUUCGCCUCCCCCUUACCUCUCGGUGCUGCCCCCGGGCAGCGCCCACCCUCCCGGGGGUCCUCAGGUGGUCUCCUACAGUGCCCCCCAGUUCCUAACCACUCCCCUGCCUUGCCCCGUGCCCUGUGCCCUGAACCUGGUCACCAGUAACACCAGUUACCUCUUCUCCCACUUCUCGCCGGUCGCCCCCUUGAUGGGGGGCUUGGGUCCAGCCAAGAGCGACCAUCUCCGGAGACCUUGGGCAACUUUCCCCGGGGCUUAUUACCCCACCCAGAACCCCGGGGUCACCCUGCAUUCUGCGAAGGACUGGAUUUAACAGCAAAAAGUACAGUUGGAGGCUGGAGAUCCGGCUGAAAUGUGUACAUAUGUUAAAAACUGGAAAUACUGGAGAAACUCAGCAGGUCUGGCAGCAUCCAUGGAGAGAGAGAGAGAGAGCGAGAAACAGAGUCAAUGCUUCUUAAUCCAAGGUCACCUGUAAAGGACUGAAUUAAAUAGUGAAGUACUGUUGGAAAUCUGAAAUAUAUAUCACAAUAAACCAAAGUUCUGAACAAACUCAUAGACCUGGCAGCGUCUUUGGAGCUAGAGAGAGAAAUUAUUAACCUUUCCAGUCCAAUAUGACCCUCAUCUGAACUAGGAGAAAGUGAGGACUGCAGAUGCUGGAGAUCAGAGCUUAAAAAUGUGUU